UAUCAGAACACAUUUUUUUCUUUUUAUGAUUUAAUCAAUUAAAUCACCAAACUCAAUUAAAUAAAAAGAAAAAAAUUAUUAUUAUCCCUUCUUCUUCUUCUUCGUCUUCGUCUUUGAUUCUCCUGAUUCAUGUCGCUUAAAUUUUUAGCGAUCUUCGAAUCCCAUUUUCCUUCGGGAAUCUGACAUUUUUUCUCGGGAAAUUUUUUUAUCCAAAUCGGAGUAAAGUAUCGAAUCUAGAGAAUCCGCUAUGGAUGAGACCUAUUUUGAUCUAUUGAAUUUCUUUAAGAAUCCCUCUUUUACAGAGACAUUUGUCGACAUCUUACUAUGCGCAGUUCCGAUUUGGCUCGCCGUUAUGAUCGGGUUAUUAAUCGGAUGGUCUUGGCGUCCAAGAUGGACCGGUUUGAUCUAUUUAGGGUUUCGUUCUAAGCUUCGGUUUUUAUGGACCGCACCGCCUGGGUUUGGUGCUCGUCGGCUUUGGCUUGCUUUCACCGCUCUCUCUGCUUUCUCCGUUUGCCGAACCAUCUGGUCAAGGAAUGACACCAGAGCUAAUAAAUCGGCGACCGGUUCAGCUUCGUCGCAGACGCCUGUUGAGGAUAAUGAUGAAUCAGGAUUGGCCUCAAGAGGUAGCGAUAACGGGACGGUGACAGAGGAUAUUGUGACAGAGAAUGAUUUAGAGCAUCUGCUUCAGCUGCUUGAAGUUGGAAAUGCAGCUUUGGAAUGGCAAUCUAUGAUGGAUAAGACUACUCCAAAUAUGAGCUACCAGGCUUGGCGUCAUGAGCCUGAGACAGGUCCUGUUAUUUAUCGCAGCCGGACUGUGUUUGAGGAUGCAACUCCAGAUAUUGUUAGGGAUUUCUUCUGGGAUGAUGAGUUUCGACCUAAAUGGGAUUUCAUGCUUGCCAACUUCAAAACGUUGGAGGAGGACACUCAGACAGGAACAAUGAUUGUUCAGUGGAGAAAAAAGUUUCCUUUUUUCUGUAGUGACCGAGAGUAUAUCAUUGGCCGGAGAAUAUGGGAGUCUGGGAAGAAGUAUUAUUGUGUCACAAAGGGAGUUCCUUAUCCAGCUCUACCAAAGCGUGAUAAGCCAAGGCGUGUUGAGCUUUAUUUCUCAAGUUGGGUUAUCAGAGCGGUUGAAUCCCGAAAAGGAGAUGGACAGCAAACGGCUUGUGAAGUUUCCCUUGUCCACUACGAAGACAUGGGCAUCCCAAAAGACGUAGCAAAGUUAGGUGUCCGUCAUGGCAUGUGGGGAGCUGUCAAGAAGCUAAACUCUGGUUUACGAGCGUACCAAUCCGCCAGAAAAUCAGACUCAUCUCUAUCUCGGAUCGCCCAAAUGGCAAGAAUCACUACAAAACUGAACAUGGAUUCUGCAGAAUCAUCUUCAAGAGAUGAAGACAGAAGCAGAGCAAUGGAAUAUGCGAGACAACGGGACCAUUUGAGAAUGGACUGGAAAUGGGUUGUUGUAGGAGGUGUCGCAUUGGCUUGUGGCCUUCACUCUGGGAUCAUUGGCAAGGCUUUACUGGCUGGAGCUGGCCAGAGACUGGCUCGUAGGUGAGAAACCUUGUCGUAUUCUUAUUAUAUCUUCCCUUGACAGAAAAGAGAAACAUAUGCAUAUAAUUAAGGGAAAUGUAUUAUUUUUGCAACUCCUCUGAGAAGGGCAUGUGGUUUUGGUGGUGAACCAUGUAGAGUAGUAGCUUUAAACUAUGGAGUCAUAAGUUAUUUGAGUUCUAUCUUGUACCACAGGAUAGUGAGAUAUGUAUUUUAUAAACUAUAUGAAUCUACAUAGCUUCUAAAAGCUUAAAUUCUUUGCAUGUGAUGCACUUCGUAUCUCUCAUUGAUUGCUCAACCAAGAACAAGAUGUCAAAACUUAUCUACUGCAUCAAUUCACUGCAGUGUGCACACAAGCCGUUCUUUAUUACCACUUAUGGUUGUACAUCAAGUUCCUCAUUCUGCAGUUCUACAAAGGUUGUUUCUGGUGUUGUAGAGGAUGCAGAAUUAUCGCCAAAAUCUGUGUCUGAUUCAUCUGAACCAAAUUCAACAUCUGUUUCAGAUAGUGAACCGUUGGCCUGAAUCCCACCUUCUUCAUCAUCUUCUCCCUCGUCUUCGUAUGUAUCUAAAUACACGUCAUCUUCCUCUCCCUGCAACAGCCAAAAGAGAACAAGGAAUAUGAAAG